CAGAAUGGAAUCCUUUUUUACUCAAAAAAGGGCAAUUUAUGCGUUAACUGUACAAAAGAAUGAUGUAUUUUUGCUGAGUAUGAUUUAAAUUAUCUCUUCUUUUCUAAAGGAAUUAUGACAAAGGAACAUGAUGAUGAGGAACCUUGCUUCAAGUGGCGAUAUUUGAUUUCGUUCAUGGGAUUCCUCACAUAUUUUUUGUUGAAUGCCCAUCGAAUGAAUAUAAGUGUUGCCGUCGUAGCAAUGGUGAAUCAUUCCACUCUGAUAGUUUAUAAUGAUCCACAUGAUUUGAAUGCAACACAGCCAUUACUCCAUAAUAAUUCUUGGAAUCAAGCACAGAUCGCAAUAACGUAUGACUGGAGUCCGCAACUUCAAGGCUAUAUUUUAGGAGCUGGAUUCUUUGGAUAUGUUUUUUCACUGUUGUUUUCAGGAAAACUAGCAGAAACUUUUGGACCCAAAACUACGCUUGCCAGUGGGACAUUUGUCUCUUCUUUGGCCAUGUUGAUAACACCUUUAACGCCUGCUGUACAUGCUUAUUUUUUAAUACUUAUUCAAUGCAUUAGAGGAAUUGCGCAGGGGUUCAUGGCACCAUCAAUUGCUAUCCUAUCAGCAAACUGGUAUCCCAAAGCAGAAAGAGCGCUUUUAGCUGGCAUUGGAUUUACAGGAGUCCAACUAGGACGUUUAUUAGGGGGAAUUCUUACGGGCAUGAUUUGUGAUAGUGCCUGGAUUGGAGGGUGGCCUUCCGUGUUUUACAUUUUCGGUGGGUUUGGAAUUUGCGUUUCUUUGUUUCAAGUCUUAAUGAUACACAGCAUGCCAAAGGAUCAUCCACGAAUUUCAAGGGCAGAGUUAAAAUGCAUUUUGGCCAACCAAGAAAAUGUUUUAACCCAGAAG